GACUCUCGCUCUUUCCUCUUUUUCAUCGUUUGGUUUCAGUUCAGUUUGAUGAAACUUUCCAGGAAUCAGAGUGAAAUUGUUUCCAGUUUCUCUGAAUCACUCUGACUUCUCUAAUCUUCAUCUCUUCCUCUUUCUAUCAGUUUCAAACAGUAAACAGAAGGAUUUUAACGCAGUUCAUUAUGUGAAGGAAGAACUUUGAUCUGUUCCUCAGUAAAAGUAAUAAAACUGAAAAUACUUCAGCACAGCUGAACAGGUGAGACGUGAUUGGAGGAUGAACAGUGUCAGUGCCAGUCAGAGGGUGGAGACUGACUGAAAACAGGAAGUGAGAGAAACUACUUUUUCCUCAGAAAACACAGAAACAACAUAGAGAGACAGAGACAGAGAGAGAGAGAGACAGACAGAGACAGAGAGAGAGACAGAGACAGAGAGAGAGACAGACACAGACAGAGACAGAGAGAGAGACAGACAGAGAGAGAGAGACAGACAGCAACAGGAAACAAGACUGUGUUCUGAGAGUUUACUGUGUGUAGUGUGUACUCAGUGUAGUGAUGGAGGGAGUGUGUGAGGACGACCUCUGCUGGCUGCAGUUGGAUGAUUUCAGGAUGCUGCUCAUCAAAACCAUUGAACCUUCAAGAAUCACUCCCUACCUCCGACAGUGUCAGGUGAUCAGUGCCGAGGAUGAGGAGCAGCUCUUCAACGAUCCAAGCCUCAUCAUCAGGAGGAGAAAAGUUGGAGCUCUGCUGGACAUCCUGCAGAGGACAGGGGUCAAAGGUUACACAGCCUUCCUGGAGAGUCUGGAGCUGGAUUAUCCUCAACUGUACAGUCAAAUCACCGGGAAGGAGCCCAACAAGACCUUUAGCAUCCUCAUCGAUACAGCAGGAGAAUCUGGUCUGACUCAAUUCUUGAUGUCGGAGCUGAGCCGCCUGCAGAGGGCGCUGCAGGACGAGAGGAGGCGCCGCCAACAGGCCUGCUCUGUCGCCAAGGAACAGGAGGCGUGGUCUCGGCAGCAGCAGCUCAGGGACCAUGAGCUGAGGAAGCUGACGGAGCGGCUGCAGAAGGUUCGGGAGGAGCGGGAGCGGCUGAACGAGGAGGUGAAGCAGCUCCGAGAUCACAACUACAGCCUGAUGGCCGACAUCAACGCCCUGAACCAGGAGAAGAGCAAUGCCCUGCUGGCCAACAGAGACCUGCAGAUCGAGGUGGAGCGUCUGAAGCACACGGUGCUGCGAGCUGAGAGUCAGACUCGGCUGCUGAGACGACGAACGCUGAGGCCACUGCAGGAGAGCAGGAGUCUGGCUCUGCCCACAGAGACCUUCUUCCACCCCAACAGACUGGAGGAGCAGAAAGAGGAGAAACAGGAGGAGAAACAGGAGGAGAAGAAGGAGGAGAAAAAACAGGAGAAGAAGGAGGAGAAGAAGGAGGAGAGUCCAGCACCUCCUCAGAUGAACCUCCUCGCUACAGUGUUCAGACUGAGGAGAGAACUCCACAGGGCGGAGGAGCAGAGAGCUAGGAGUGUGGAGGAGAAGGAGGAGCUGGAGCUGUGCUGCACUCAGCUGAAGGGAGACACCCGGAUGUACCGUCAACGAAACAAACAAACCCUCAGACAGCUGGAGGAGGUGAUCAGAGAGAGAGACAAGGCUCUGGCAUCUCGGGCGGAGCAGCAAGAGGAGGCGCGGCAGCUCCUGCAGGAGAAGGAUCAGUACAGGGAGCAGGUCAGACAGCUCACCGAGCAAUCUGAUAGGCUGGAGCUCCUCCUGCUGAAGUCACAGGGGGAGGAGCUACAGCUGAGGACACGCCUCCGCAGACUCACCUGUAACACCCACCAGUGGGAGAGAAGUGUGACCAGUGAGGAAGAGGAGGAGUCGCCAGAGAAAGGAGACGGUGAGGAGGUUCACAGCAGGACAUCGGGGGAGAACAAGGAGGCGGCAGUGGCGCUGCAGCAGCACAGAUCUCCUCCAGGAGGCGCCACAGAGUCUGAGCCGAUGCCCAGCACUGCUGCAUCAUGGGAGAAGCAGACAGACGACUGUCUCACCUCCAGAGGUCGUCCAAACUUCUUCUAUCGCAGGAAGCGAGCCCUGAGGUCAAAGUUAAUCUGUAAGGAGUUUACAGCUGGUAACCUUGACGACAGCAGCGGCAGCGACAUCACUGACUCCGACUGAGCUCACCUGAGAUCACCCGAUCAAACAUCACAGUUUUUACUUCCUGUUCCCUGUUUAUUACCUGUUCACACCUGUUGAAGUCAGAUCCUUUACUGCAGUAAAACACCACUCUGUAACAAUUUGACAAAGAAAAGGCAAACUACACAGCUUAAUAUAAAACAAGAUAGCUUCUAAAAUGCUAAAUUCAUUCAACAUUGCCAUGUCAGAGUAUUGUAUCAUCUGUCUCAACCCAAGGAUUUGUUGUUGCUGUCAUUUGUUGAAAAAAAGAUAGAAAUUUAAUAACAGACAGGACCAAGGCCAGCAUAAAUACCUAUUAAAGGAAAUCCUACUGCACUUAAAGUAUCUCAGUAUAAACCGUGUUAAUAUAUAUAUCUUCUGUCGUGAGAUUAUUAUUAGAACUGAUCAGAGUUUAAUUGAUUACAAACACGUGUCUGUUUGAUCUUUAAUAAAACAUCUGAUCUAAUCAA